CAAAUGCAACUCCCGAUGUGACCUGAUCUCUUAUCUCGUGGUUUCAAUGUAACAACAUUGCUUGCUCUACAAACAGGGAGUCGUCGAAAAUCCACGAUCAAUGUUUAGCCAAGCCUUCUUUUUAUUGGAAAUCUACCAGUUCUGAACGCCAGUGGUAUUACUAGCAAGUUAGGAAACUGUUAAACGAUUCAACAUGAAGGUUAUAGUAGCCGGGUUCUCGAAGACAGGCACCAAGACAAUGCAAGCCGCAUUGACAGAGCUUGGUUACAAUGUAUACGAUUAUAUGGAGAAUUUCGAGUUUUUGGAAAAGGAAUGGAAGCAGAUAUGUACGGUUGGAGGAUCGACUGAAUUGUUUCGUAAAAUGUACGAGAAUGUUGAUGCGGUAACUGAUCUACCUGGAUGUGCAUUCUGGGAUGAGAUCUUAAAAGCCUUUCCCGAUGCUAAGAUCAUUUUAACAAUGCGAGACAACGAAGAACAAUGGUGGCAGAGUCUUCUGAAACAACAUGAACAAAAUACAUCAUUGCUUUUAAAAAUAUUGUUUACAAUUUCACCAACUGGAAGGAGAAUGGGACAACACGGAAGCCGAAUAAUAAGUGCCAUCAUUGGACAAGACAUGACUCCUUUAACAAACGUGUUGAACGAAACGUUGUUCAAAAUGGCUUAUAGGCGACAUAAUGCACAUGUAUUACAGAACGCUCCAAAAGAUCAACUAUUGGUGUUUAAUUUUAAAGAUGGUUGGGAACCACUGUGUAAGUUUUUAGGGGUCCCAGUUCCAGACACCCCAUUUCACCACAAAAAUAAAAAAGGCGCAAUCAUAAAAGAGAUGCUUCAGACAAAUAAUAUUGUUUUAAAAAUACAGCGAGAAGCUAUGGUGGUAGUGGCUGUUUCUGGGGUUCUUGCAGCAAUUGGCUUGUAUAAAGGAAUAAGCCUUGCUUGUACAGUGAAUUGGGGAGACAUGUUUACAACAUUAGGCAGUUUAUUUUAAAAAUAAAGCAAAAUGUCAACCUGGAUUUAUUAUUAAAUUUAGCAAAUAAUUUUAUUACGCAAAACAUAAUAAAACUGCAAAAUUAGACACUUUAUUUUUCAAAUGCAUGCCAAAAUAUAAAUAAAACUCUCAAUAAUUUAGUGUAUUUUUUAGUGUAAAACUUGCGUAUGAUUAACCGAGUGUAGUAAAUGCUUGUACGAUUUAAGCAGAAAUAGGUAGGUCAGUUCUUUUCUAAACGCUGAUGGCAAAACUUUUAAAACAUUAUGUACAUGCUACAUUCUUACAAGUUAACUAAGUAAUAAAAAUCUAUUUGGAGAU